ACCAGACGGACACCGCAUUCCCGUAUUACUACUACUACUACUACUACUACUACUACUACUACCACGGUUGCUACAAUUACCAUUGCUGCUGCUAUUACUACUGCUGUUGCUGUUGUUGUGCCACCACAAGACCGACCGACCGGAACCGAACCGGACGCUCUUUGAAACGCAUUUCGCUUAAGACACAUAUCCGCUGUAGUGACAAAACGGGCGAAUCGAUCGUACACGUGCUCUGCCGCCGUUUUAUUUUAUUUACGCGGUUUCACAAACUCGAUCGCCACCACUACCCCGAGGAUUAUUUUCCGAAAUCUGCCUACACGAUCACUGGAUCAACUCCGUCCCUAAAACCUAUAUAGAAACCAAUAAUCGACGAUCGACGUGGAGAUGCAUUGGCUGUGCAAGUGUGUUGUCGGCUUGGCAGUGUUGGCCUCCACUACCUGGUCAGCGACGCUGCCGAGCGUAACACAAAAAUGUGUGCCCCCCGGACCGGGGCUGUCGCUGAACGACUUCCUUUCCGGCAAGUUUUACCUGUUCGAACGGCAGCAAGAGUUCAGCAUCAAGCUCUUACAAACUGCCAUCACAGCUUCGCCCAAGCAGAACUUGAUAUUCUCACCGCACAGCAUAUACACGGCCCUUUUGAUCACUUACUUCUUGAGUAAUAAUGAAACGGAAGAGACGUUAAAGCGUUUCCUCAAUAUACCACCAGAACAGAGCAAACUGAGCGUGAUGCAGGCUUACCGUAUGGAGAAACUGUUCCACUCGAUGAGGGCGUUGAACACCACCGGAGAUUACGAGUUCAGCUCGGUGGACCGUCUGUUCGUUUCCAAGAGACUUCCGAUACAAAAGUGCAUUGCCGACGUGUUCAAGGACGAGGUGCACAAAAUGGAUUUCGUCGUCGAUCCCGAACUGGCUCGCAUGUACAUCAACAACUGGGUGACCAACCAGACCAACCAGCAAAUCAAGGACCUGUUGCCCGAGGGAAAAAUCACGUAUGAAACGAGACUUGUGCUGGCGAACGCGGCGUACUUCAAGGGCUUUUGGAGCUCGAGGUUUUCUUCGGAGAGCACGAAAGAUGAGGUGUUUUACACAUCACCCACCGAAAACGCGUAUGUUCCCAUGAUGUGGCAAUCCGGAGUUUUUAACCUACUGAGCUCCGACGAGUUAGGUGCGCAUGUCUUGGAACUCCCGUACAAAGGUGGUGACAUCAGUCUGUUCGUGAUCCUGCCACCUUUCAACAAACAACGUGGAAUUAGUCAGCUUAGUAAGAGGCUCAAUACGAACAUUUUACAAAACAUUGUUUCGUCGGGCGAAUGGACGUCGCGCCCCGUCGAAGUAUCUCUACCCAAAUUCAACGUCGAACAGAGCAUGGACAAUCUCGUUCCGCUACUUGAGCAAAUGGGAAUCGGAAACUUGUUCAAAGGCAACGUCGACCUGUCGGCGUUGACCGGUAACGCGAACGACGUGACCGUCGACGACGCUGUGCACAAGGCGAAGAUCUCCGUGGACGAAGAGGGCACGAUUGCCGCUGCGGCCACGUCGUUCCUGAUGUCCCGGUCGUCCAGGCCGGUCGAGCCCUUCAAGUUCCGGUGCAACCAUCCGUUCAUCUACUUCAUGUUCGACAAGGUCACCGGAUCGGUGCUGUUUAUGGGCGUUUACAAUUCACCGAAAUCCGACUAGAUUUCAGACGUGGUGUCAACGGUCGUGUCGUGCACUAAAGGAUUCGAGACGCAGGACUGUAGUAGUGGGAAGAAACCCUAUUAUUAUGUAGGAUUAUGAUCGAUCGCUUAUUAUUACAACGUGAUUAUAAGAUGUAAAUAUUUGUAUAAGUUUAAGGCCAUUAUUACUAUUAUUAUUAUUAUUUGUAUGUAUAUAUUAUUAUUAUUUUAUAUUCUAAUUUUUCUCUAAUCGUUUCUAAUCGAUCGCGAGAGAUUACCUAUAUUAUGUCCUGUAUUUCGAAUAACAUAUAGAUCGGAUCGCGACUAUAUACCUACACGGCUACAUACCCGCACAGGCGUCACAUGUGUCACGUGAAGGUAGUUUCCAAGAUCCAAGAUUUAUAGGUAGGGUGCCACAUGACUAUGUUAUUGUAUUAUUUUUAUAAAUCUAUGUCUUGGAGUUUCCUUUAUAUUAUUUAUUUACCAAUAAUAUGUACUAUGAUAAAAAAAUAUUUUUUUUUGUAAUAUAUUAUAAACACCAUAUAUUAUAGUGUGGCGUCAAAUCGACGUGCCACGUGCGCCGUCAAACUUUUUAUCAAUUUAAUAAUAUUAAAUUAAGCCAAUGUCACAUUUCUCUAACGUACGGUGUUUUUUGGAAGAAGAUGUUAGUGUAGGUAUAAUUUAUACGUGUAUAUAUUUAUAUAUGUUUAUAAUACCUAUUACACGGUUAUGUAUAAUA